UUAUUAAAAAUAAAAUAGUAGCGAACAAGACGUAUAAAACAAAAUUACGUAGCCGUUUCCUUAACAUAAGCAUUCUUGAGACGAAAGAGUUCAGUUGGCAAACAUAAUGCCUCGCUUAUUUUUGUUUCCAUUUUUAGUCUCAUUGUGUAGCUUAUUAUUAUGUGGUCCAGUCUGCAACGCAACACCAUCCAGAUCUAUCAGUGAGAUAUUAACUAACACUCUCAAGGAGACUGAUCCACUUUUUUCAGAUGAAAUCAGUGGUGAUCUUUCAAUUUUAAAAUUUCAAAUGUUUAAUGUAACUAUGACGGGGUAUACAAACUGCGCUAUAAAAGAUACAGUAGCGGAUCUCAACUCACUAAAGCUACACUUUACAGCAGACUGUCCUACAAUAGACAUGACUGGAAAAUAUAAUAUAUCCGGGAGGCUCAUAAUUUUACCCAUAGAAGGAAAUGGUGAUUUUAGACUUAAAACAGGCAAUUAUUAUAUCAUCUGUGAUUCGGAACUAAAGAAAGUUCAAGGCGAAGAUGGCAAAACCCAUUUAUCAAUCAAAAACUUUAAACUUAAGAAUGAAGCUCGCAGCCAAAUAGAAUUCAAUUUCCAAAAUCUGUUCCAUGGCAACGAAGAAUUAUCCGUGACCUUACACAAGUUUGCUCAUGAAAACUGGAAGGAAGUGGCUGAUUUAGUUCAAGAUCCGGUUUGGUACGACGCUAUGAAGAAAAUUAUUAAGCAUACUAAUAAACAUCUGAAAACAGUGUCAAUAGAAGAUUUGAAAUUAAAUUGAAUAUUAAAAUAAUAAUAGUCCUAGUAACUCAGGAUAGUACUUGGAUUGACACAAAUAAAUAACAAUUUGAACUUUUGCUAAAA